UCAAAAACAAAGCCCAACCCGAACUAAUUCUUGCUCUCAAGUCUCAACCCUCCUCCGUCGAAGCCUGGGCGUUCAACCUCCACGCCGCUGCGCUCUCAUUCUCUCUGCUUUGCUUUGCGCCGACGGUGACCGCCCAAGACAAGAGGAGAAGAACCUUCGUUGACUGACGGGGAGAAAAUGUUGGAGCAUGACUCCAUUUCUAAUCCUACUACUCAUAGCAAGACAACCGGCCUUCCUCGUAAGCGGUUCUACCGAGCUCGGGCACACAGCAACCCGUUGAGUGAUUCACACUUCCCUGUUCCCAUCUCCCCAGCUCACUUUGACAAUGACUGUUCUGCCCUUUUCCCCAAGUUCUUCCCUAAUGGCUCAAAAAAGAUUGAGUUUGCAGAUAUUGGCUGUGGAUUUGGCGGGCUUCUAAUCAGCCUCGCAACACUUUUCCCUGAUACACUCAUGAUCGGGAUGGAACUGAGGGACAAAGUGACAGAGUACGUGAAGGAAAGAAUCCUAGCCCUGAGGGUCUCUACCCCUGGCAAAUACGACAACGUGUCUGUUGUUCGGACGAAUUCCAUGAAGUACAUUCCCAACUACUUCGAGAAGGCGCAGCUCACCAAGAUGUUCUUUCUGUUCCCGGAUCCACAUUUCAAAGAGAAGAACCAUCGGCGUAGGGUGAUUAGCCCCCAUCUAUUGGACGAGUAUGCGUACGUGCUUAAAGUUGGUGGGAUUAUAUACACAAUAAGUGACGUGGAGGAGCUCGGGGCGUGGAUGAAAGGCUGUUUGGAUGAUCAUGAGCUGUUUGAGCCUCUCACGGAGGAAGAGCUUGCGGCCGAUCCUGUUGUCGAGCUCCUGAGCACUGCGACUGAGGAAGGGCAGAAGGUUGCGAGGAAUGAAGGGCAGACGUUUCGAGCAGUUUAUAGACGCAUUGCUUCGUCUCAUCCUCGUUGAUGUACGUAUUGAGGAUUGCAGUUCAAUAUUGUCUACUCAAAUUAGUCGAUUUAGAAGUAUUUUAAUGAUCGAGUAGAUUGUGAGGAGAAGCUUGAUUUUUGAAUUAGUAUGAUUUUCUCAACCAUUUCGGUUA